GCCGAUUACGAAACAGUGUGAAACAAUCAAUACGACUGCUGGCUCUUUGUUUAGUCAGUUAGUUUAUCGUGCGAGUGUAUGAAAGUCUGCCAAAUAUUAAGGAUGGGGAUGGUGCGCAGUUGAUUAUUGGUUUAAAGGUAAAAAUCGGUAACUUUUUUUUACAGGUAUAAUAAUAUUAGCUCAAUAUGUCUAAUGAAACUAUGGUUACUGAAGCGGGAAGUGGAAAUGAACCAACUCCGUCUAUGUUUACAGCCGCAAAAUGGACGAGCGAACUUACCACGGUAAAUAAUACAACCAUCAACGUUACAGCUUCUAACAGUACAUUACUUGUGACGCACCAGAUCAUAGUGGAUUACCACAAUUUGACCCCUACUGUCAUUGUUUGCACUUUACUUUUUGUUCUCCUUGUUCUGGUUUCUGUCUUUGUAGUUUAUGUGGUUCGAGCUAAACGCAGACGAAGAAAACGUAGAAAGAAUCCAUUUCACAUGCCGAUUAUUGAGUACAAGGAAGACAACAUAAGCAUUUCUACAUUUUCCUCUGCCGGGUAUGGAACAUAUGACGACCUGGAGGAGUGUUACAAAUCUGAAGAUGUGCCAAGCAAAAUUGAUGGCAGGCUUACUCUUGGAAGGUGUGGGUCAAAAAAAGAAAGUUCGGUGCAAAUUUACACCUGAAUCAACCUUGCUACUGAAGAUAUGUUUUGAUUACAACAGUUUUUUGGUGCUACAUACACUAUAUGAAGCCACUUCAUUGAAUUGAACUUUUAUUUCUGAGUAUUGUCUUUAUUUACUAACAUUGUGAAGUGGUGUAAGAUUUUAUAAUUUUUUGACCCUUGAUAUAUUCCCUUAUUUUUUAAUGCACUUGGAUGCACCAAGACCAAAGCCUUCUAAGUAUUUUUGUUGUAGAUUUACCAAGAGUUGACCAGGAACUGCAACCCAAUUAAUUAUUUAGAGUCUGGUUAGUUGCUUAAUUAAAUAUUCAUUGUCCACAACUUGUCUAAAAAAAUUCAUUUCAUUUGCGGCAUUUUAUUCAGAUGUGUUUUCUAUAUACACUGAUUUUAUUGAUUUUGUUCAUUCUUUACUAGCUGGUACUAAUAAGCUACCAAUGCCCUUAUUAUUAUGCCAGCUGCUUUAAAGGUACCAAGUCACGUUUACCUAAAGUGAUCAUGCUUGCCACUGUGCUUCAACAGAGACAUUGGUCCCAACACUGAAUACAGUUUUUCAUUUCUUCAAAUCACUUCGCAUAUAAGACUACUGACCAUGUUGUUGCAUAUCCUGUUUUCUAACACUGAAUACAGUUUUUUAUUUCUUCAAAUCACUUUGCAUUUGCCAUUUAAGACUGCUGACUGUGUUGUUGUAGAUCCUGUUUUGUUUUAUGUAGUAUUAUUAUAAUUUUACCGAUGUUUACAUUGUUUUUGUAGAUAAUUUGACGUAUCUGUUCCUGUACAUGUGCAAAUACACAAUGUUGAUUAAUCCGA